AAAAAAACACAACAAAAUCGCAAAUCACAAACGGCAAGCAAGCAGGAACAAACUGAAAUCUUAAACCUGAACAAAUAGAAUGAAGCAAGAAACGGCAACACCAGAAUCGCAAAUCGCAAGCAGGAAGAGAAGUCCAAAAACGGUCACGGUGGCUGCUGAUACCGUUUUGUAACGGCCGCAAUCCCGGUACCGAGGAAAUCAAGAGUGGUUUGAUGGCGAACAAUACUUCUAAUUCUGAUUCCCAUCAUAAACGUCUUGGUCUUUUAAAAGAUCAAGUUCAUUUGGUUAAAAGGAAAGACUCUAAUCGCUAUGUGAUUUCUUCAAUACAAGAUCAACUAUCAUUUGAGAAGGGGUUUUUCAUUGUGAUUCGUGCGUGCCAACUGUUAGCCCAAAAGAAUGAUGGAAUAAUAUUGGUUGGGGUGGCGGGUCCUUCAGGAGCUGGGAAGACUAUAUUUACCGAAAAGAUACUCAACUUCAUGCCCAGCAUUGCUGUCAUUUCAAUGGAUAAUUACAACGAUGCUAGUCGAAUUGUUGAUGGCAACUUUGAUGAUCCACGCUUAACUGACUAUGAUACAUUGCUCCAGAAUUUACAAGAUUUAAAGGAAGGGAAGACGGUCCAGGUUCCGAUAUAUGAUUUCAAGUCCAGUUCACGCGUAGGAUACAGGACUGUAGAAGCACCGAGUUCCCGUAUUGUGAUUAUUGAGGGUAUCUAUGCCUUGAGUGAGAAGUUGCGAACAUUGCUGGACCUUCGAGUUUCUGUUACAGGUGGAGUUCACCUUGACCUUGUAAAGCGAGUGAUACGUGACAUACAACGUGCAGGCCAAGAACCCGAAGAAAUUAUUUAUCAAAUAUCUGAGACGGUAUAUCCAAUGUACAAGGCUUUUAUUGAGCCAGAUCUUCAGACGGCUCAUAUAAAAAUCAUUAACAAAUUUAAUCCAUUUACUGGAUUCCAGAGCCCUACUUAUAUAUUAAAGUCAGCAAGAAAUGUAGCAGUUGAUCAAAUUAAAGCUGUUCUCUCUGAAGAUUUUAAGGAAACAACUGAGCAAACUUAUGACAUAUAUCUUCUACCUCCUGGUGAAGAUCCAGAAACAUGCCAAUCGUAUUUAAGGAUGCGAAACAAGGAUGGGAAAUACAGUCUCAUGUUUGAGGAAUGGGUGACAGAUAGUCCCUUUGUCAUAUCACCGAGAAUUACUUUUGAGGUCAGUGUGCGCCUCCUUGGUGGACUAAUGGCCUUGGGAUAUACGAUAGCUACUAUCCUUAAGAGAAACAGUCAUGUCUUUUCUGAUGAUAGGGCUUGUGUGAAACUAGAUUGGCUUGAGCAACUUAAUCGACAUUAUGUUCAGGUACAAGGGAGAGAUCGGUUGGUUUUGAAAGACAUAGGAGAUCAGCUGGGUCUCGAAGGUUCCUACAUUCCUCGUACAUACAUUGAGCAAAUUCAACUCGAAAGGCUCGUGAAUGAGGUUAUGGCCCUACCAGAUGAUUUGAAGACAAAGCUCAGCCUAGAUGAGGAUUUGGUUUCAAGCCCCAAAGAAGCACUUUCUAGAGCCUCUGCUGACAUGGUUGCCCUGAGAAAUAAGAAUAUGAGGAGUGGAUUGUCUCAGUCAUAUACAAAUCAAAGGGACAAAAAUGCAGCCAAAGUUAAUGGAUAUUUUUCCAACAAUCGGGGUUUUGGGGAAAGAAAUUCAGAUUCCUCAACAACACUAGUAAAUAAGGGAGCUAUUAGUCAGCUUUCAGAACAGAUUUCUGCCCUCAAUGAUAGAAUGGAUGAAUUUACAAAUCGUAUUGAAGAGCUGAAUUGCAAGCUAACCUUUAAGAAUAAUUCUCCAAGCCAGCAAAAUAUGUCAGCUCAAGCUGAAGCCUGCAAUGGUUCUGCUCCAACGUCUUACUUCAUUAACAGUUUGGGCAAUGGUAGCUUAACUGGUUCUAAGAUUUCACAUUCCUCGUCUUCAUCACAAUUAAAUAAGGACUCUCCCUUAAUGGAUGAGAUAUCUGGCAUUGCACGUGGUCAACGUCAAAUCAUGCAUCAAAUGGACAAUCUCAAUAAUCUUCUCCGGGGUAGCUUGGGGGAGAAGUCUCAGCAAACAAGAACCAACAAGAAAAACAUAACAACAGAUUCAAAUUCCAUUGCAGCUACCGUUAUCGUGGUAGUCGCAGUUGGUUGUUUGGGGAUCUUCUUGAUGAAAGGUUUGUUGACCCGAAAGUGAUUCCUAUAUAUGCAAAAAAGUUAGUUUUCCUUCACUGUGACAAUCCCUUCUGGAGAGAGGUGUUGAAGCAUUUAUUGACAGUUAAAAUACAGAAUAUGGAAACAGUUAAUUAGGGUCAGUGAAAGUGUUAUAGCCACUUAAAAUUUUGUAACUUAGUUGGCUUUGUUAGCCCAAUUUUAAGGCAUUUCUAACCUUCAAUUCACAAGAAGUAGAUUGUUUUAGAAUAUUGAUCAGGUGGUAUACCAAAAUAUACUAAAAUCCAAUCUUUUCUCGUUUUGAUUCUUUA